UAAUGUGAGUUUCGACAUGUUGUAUCAUUUUUCAGCGCAUAUUGAGUUAUAGGAACUGUUGCAUGUGGAAGUUCACACGGGCAUUUUGAUGCAGCAACUGGCAGCGCGUGGACGCCGCCCCUUCCUCUCUCGGCCGUGGCAACUGGCACCGGCACCCCGAAUGCACAGCGGAGUAAACCACGAUCAUAGCCACGACCAUAGCCAUGAUCAUGAUCAUAGCCAUAACCAUAGCCACGAUCAUGAUCCCAAUGGCCACGACGAUGAAAACUUGGCGAUCGGGCCAACGCCGCCACUCAACAUGGCUGUCCACAGUUUCAAGACGAAUCACUCUGGCCUUCAAAUGCAGGUUCUGGGCCUGUACAAGAAGUGUCUCGUUGCUGCCAAGGAAAAGGAGAAGAAUGGGGCUACUGACAACAUCGAGUUUGUGCGCCAGAAAUUUCGAGAAGAUGCUGCGUCUGUAGGCCGCAUGGACUUUCAAAAAAUUGAGUAUUUGAUCCGCAAAGGCGAGCGCCAAGUGAAGCAGUACCGCCAAGUGAAGUCUGCGACCUUUGCCACUCCCCGUCGUGCAUCCCUGACAUAAUCUACCCAAUGUGUGAUUCUACUCAUGGUCCCCAUGCACUUUGCAUUCGAAAUUCGUUAUGUGCCUGCCCUGAAGUGUGCCAGAUUUCUAUCAACAUAACAAUUGAUACAAUUGAGAACAAUUCCCCCAUAUUUCCGA